UUUUAGUAAGUACUUACGACCAUGAACAUGCACCCAGCACGAGACCUCGCUAUCUAGCAUGCUGCACGAGGACUCCUUCGCAACAGUGAUGUAGCUGUGGGAAUGUCUAGAAUCCAAGGGCCGGUUCCUUCUUAAAUCCGAUGCAGACGGGCUAGGGUGACUUGACUUCAAGUUCUUCGCCCAUCUCAAAUGGCAGACACCAAGUGCUGGAGUGACAUCGAAGCGGUAAGGAUGCCAGUAGCCAGAACGGCAUCUGCCUACGAUCGUCGUCGGCUAAGACGUUGGGGCACCAGGCUGGAAGUUCAGUUAAUGCUGACCUUCUGUCUCUUGCUGAUUAUUACGCCGUUUGCGAUUUACGCCUUGUGUCUUCGGUCUUCUCAUGGCCCAGUACAAGUCAAGCAUCGAUUUGACGCUUUCCUACCCGGGGCCUAUGUCAUGGCUAUUAUUACGGUAAUGACCCUGGUUCACUGCAGAGCGAUGCUUGAAGAAGCUGAUGCGGGCUUGAUUUUCACCCUGGGAGAGCAUCCGCGAAGUUCCAUUACCCAGAAAUUCUCCAACUUUCCUGAGUACAUCAAACGCUCUUUCAUCACGUUCGUUGUUGGGGCGAGCGCCUACAUGAAUCUGGCGUGCUUCUCUAUCUUUUUGAUUGGCUGGACGGACCUGCUCUGGCAGCUCUAUCGCACUAUGACUAUUGCAUUCAUGAUCAUCUCAGGCUCCGCAAUCGUCUUCCAUGCCUUGUUUACGCUGGCGUUUCCGAACCACCAAGUCGGUCUUUUACCGCAGCGGACAGUCUUCUCUUGCGCCUGGGAUAUCAGACUGCUUGUUGAUAGGUUUUGGGCUCGUGAAGAUCAGAAACAAAUGGAACAGGCGGCAAGGAGCCUGAGAUGGGAAUUCCGUGAUUGGAUUUUCGAUCGCAGUGAAGGGUACCAUUGGAUGGGAGGGAGGAAUGGCCAUGAUGGUCUCAGGAAGAUAGCCCUCAACAAUCUCCGUCCGUUGCUGUAAUGACAGCAUUUCAAUGGCAUUGCUCGAGUAUCAUUUUUUUCGAAGUUUACAAAUUUCAUGGCACAACUGUAUCCAUAUUAACAUGAGCUUCUUUGCUGUUCUUGUUCCCUUGUGUCCUAAAACCAAUUCAUAUAUAUGACAUUAAGCACUCU